GUGCCGAAGAUGUCGGCUCGGUCAUGUGAUCAGCUGUGUCCAAUCACAGCUGAUCACAUCAGUGCCACCUGUCAGUGUCCAACAAUGCCAGCUGUCAGUGCUCAUCAAUGCCAGCUGCUAGUGCCCAUCAGUGCCUCAUCAAUGCCACAUAUCAGUGCCUACCAGUGCACAUCAAUGCCACAUAUCAGUGCCCAUCUGAGCCGCCUUUCAGAGUCACCAAUCAGUGCCAGUCAGUGCCGCCUAUCAGUGCCAGUCAGUGCCACCUAUCAGUGCCAGUCAGUGCCACCUAUCAGUGCCAGUCAGUGUCACAUAUCAGUGCCACCUAUCAGUGCCAUAUAUGAGUGCUGCCUUUCAGUGCCCAUCAAUGAUGCCUGUCAAUGCCCAUCAGUGCCACCUACCAGUGCCUCAUCAGUG